AUGGCAAAAGGCGUUGGAGUUGAUCUAAUGAGUAUUGAAAAGCAUAAUUAUCUUAUAACUGUUGAUUACUUCAGCAAUUUUUGGGAAAUUGACUACCUAGAAAACACAUUAGCCAGUACAGUGAUUAGAAAACUUAAAUCUCAUUUUGCUAGGUAUGGAUUGCCUUGUGUAUUGAUUAGUGAUAAUGGACCCCAAUUUGUAAAUGAGAAUUUCAAACAGUUUGCAACUGAUUAUGAUUUCGAGCAUAGGACAAGUAGCCCUACACAUGCCCAAUCUAAUGGUAUGGUCGAAUCUGCAGUGAAAACAUCUAAACGUUUAAUUAGAAAAGCUGUUGAAAGUAAUAAAGAUAUACUAGUGAUAAAGACGCCAGCCCAUCACAGUAUAACCUAG